AUGGCUUCCCUAUCCCUCACGGAUAUCGAUUUUGAAGCCAUAGAAAAGUGCACCGACCCGAAGCGUCUCAAGAAGAUGUUAGCGAUGUUGAAGCAAGACGGGGGCUACUACGUAGAGCUUAUGAAAGCCGCAAAAGACAGGAUAGAAAAGCUCACAGGGAAGCCAGUUGGGGGCACCCCCAUCACAGCGGCAGACAAACAGGCAGUUGCAGAGGAGCUCUUGGCCUGGGAAAAGAAAAUGGCACAAGCAAAAGAAGAGGAGGCAGCGAGUCAAGGCUCCCCCUGUUCUGCUGCUGCUGGCAGCACUGCCGAUAGCCACAGUGGCAAGGCCACGACAGCAGGCAGCAACACCACAACAAGAAUCCAGCAAACAGCAACUGCCGCCCCUGUAGGAAUUGCAGCAGCUCCAGGCUGCCAUGGGAACUAUGUUUCUACGGACGUAGCUGUAACGGCUCCUUCUAUUUUAGAUAAGUAG